CUUGAUUCUCACUCCACCAGCUUCUCUGUCACCGAAACUCUCACCCACUUACUAUUCCUUCCCAAUACGGAGAAACCCUAGCCCUUUUCACAGUAUAAUGACGGCUCAAAUUUGUUCAACUUCAUCUUUGCCGAUAACGUACGCUUCGCUCAGUCAACGAAGAAAUCAAAACAAAAUCGUUCCAAUUCAUCUCUUCUUUGGACGAACGGCAAGUCUUGAAUUUAAAAACCCAAGCGCUAUGAAAUUCCCAAUUCGAUGCUCAGAAAAACCAACCCAAACCCUAAGAACUUGCAAGAAUUGCAAGACCCAAUUCGAUCCUGUGCUCAAUCACCCCAGGGCUUGUCGUUACCACACUGCUCAUUUUGGAGGAGAAACGAAGAGGAAGUUUGAGAGUGUGUACAUUGGUGGCACCUUGAACACCCCCGACUCUGGUAAAGUCUUUCAAUACUGGCACUGCUGCGGUUCUGAAGAUCCCUUUGACCCUGGAUGCACUGCUACUUCUCAUGCUUCCUAUGAUGACUGAGAAUUAAUAAACACAGUCUUCUAGGAUGGAUUCAUGAUCACUCAAGGUUCCUUGAGAUUAAAGUUUGUGUCUCAGCUUUGUAUAUUACAAUUUGUAUACUUAAAAAAUGUAUAGCAUGUAACUAUGUUAUCAUAAUUUCUUUCGGCUAAUUUUAUAUGACUUGGUUUGUCUGGUAUUUUUCCUCGUCUUGUACCCUUUUUAUGCACUCA